GCGGUGGGGUGCGCGCAGUGGAGCUCAGGCUGCGGAGGGGAGCGGAGCUGAGCGGCUGGGCGGGCCUGGGGAGGCCAGCGGAGCGGAGACGCCGGUCGGGUGGCGGCGAAUAUGCGCUUUUGAUACGUCGGAGGCUUUCUUGAUCAUGGAUGGUGAAGAUAUACCAGAUUUUUCAAGUUUAAAGGAGGAAAUUGCUUAUUGGAAGGAACUGUCCUUAAAGUAUAAACAAAGCUUCCAGGAAGCUCGGGAUGAGCUAGUUGAAUUUCAGGAAGGAAGCAGAGAAUUAGAAGCAGAGUUGGAGGCACAAUUAGUACAGGCUGAACAAAGAAAUAGAGACUUGCAAGCUGAUAACCAAAGACUGAAAUAUGAAGUGGAAGCAUUAAAGGAGAAACUAGAACAUCAAUAUGCACAGAGCUACAAGCAGGUCUCAGUAUUAGAAGAUGAUUUAAGUCAGACUCGAGCCAUUAAGGAGCAGUUGCAUAAGUAUGUGAGAGAGCUGGAGCAGGCCAAUGACGACCUAGAGCGAGCAAAAAGGGCAACAAUAGUUUCACUGGAAGACUUUGAACAAAGGCUAAAUCAGGCCAUUGAACGGAAUGCAUUUUUAGAAAGUGAACUUGAUGAAAAGGAAUCUUUAUUGGUCUCUGUUCAGAGGUUAAAGGAUGAAGCAAGAGAUUUAAGACAAGAACUAGCAGUUCGGGAAAGACAACAGGAAGUAACCAGAAAGUCGGCUCCCAGUUCUCCAACUCUAGAUUGUGAAAAGAUGGACUCUGCUGUCCAGGCGUCACUUUCUUUGCCAGCAACUCCUGUCGGCAAAGGAACAGAGAACAGUUUUCCUUCACCAAAAGCUAUACCAAACGGUUUUGGUACCAGUCCACUGACUCCUUCAGCUAGGAUAUCAGCACUAAACAUUGUGGGGGAUCUCUUACGGAAAGUAGGGGCUUUAGAAUCCAAAUUAGCAGCUUGCAGGAAUUUUGCAAAGGACCAAGCAUCACGAAAAUCCUAUAUUUCAGGGAAUGUUAACUGCGGGGUGAUGAAUAGCAACGGCACAAAGUUCUCUAGAUCAGGGCAUACGUCUUUCUUCGACAAAGGGCAAGAAAAAGUCAUAUUUCCCACGUUGUUCAUGGCUGACUUGGGUUGGGAGCACCAAAGUGGUUGCUCACUGAGGGCUGUCAGGUCUCCUCUGGCCAGGAGGAUGCUGGGAAAGGAGAAUGGCCUGGACAUCUGGAGGCAAGUUAUGAGCCCUGCUUCCCCAUUGAUGGGCUCGUAGGUGAACUCAGGGCAGUAAACGGCUUUGACCCAGCUCCUCCUCCUCCUGGUCUGGGCUCCUCGCGCCCCUCGUCUGCACCAGGUAUGCUGCCUCUCAGUGUGUGAGUGCCCAGCUUCCCAACGGGGGCUCCCGCCCUCCUCCAACAGCCCAGGACACCCACGCCUCACCCUUCGGUGCCUGGGCCCAGCCCGUGGCUCUGUCUGCCUCCCUAGGGCUGGCAGAGAGAGGGCAGGCUGCAUGCAGUGGUGGCUGCUGGGCCCUGCCCAGCCCCAGGACUGCGCGAUAUCAAUACUGGCUAUUUUCUCUUCUCGCCGUAGUGCCGUUGGUUUCACAUGAUUGCACUUUUGUGGGUCACAAAGUGAUACGUACAUGUAUUACUUGGUCACUGGAUGCAGAAGUACCCAUUCAUCAUACCUGCCUCAUAGCCCCACCCUGCUGUACUGAUAGGAUUUAGUUGUAUUUAGGACAUUGCAGAUCUUUUAGACGUUCUCUCCCAAAUCAGGUCAACGUGUGCCCUCCUGAGCUCCCACCCAAGCACCUUUGUGCUCAUGAUCAUGUGUUUGUCCCCAGCUCCACCCCACACAGCCUGGGCCUGUUGCUGGCAGACAGUCAGGAAGGUCACUGAAUUAGGGAACACAGUCUCAUUACCCUAGGACCACUGAGCUCUCCAGUCUCAUUACUGCGCCUUCUGAUUUUGCUUCAGCAGUUAGCACUCCACAGCUUGGCCUCCCAGAGCAGGAGCCUGUGGGGCCUGGACAAACAGCUGGGCCUCUGCUGUCUUCUCCUCCGUGUGCCUCAGACGCGGGCGGGGUGGAGGUGGUGCAGCCUCCCACCAGCUUUCUGGUCACUCAGUUAAAUGACAGCUUCACAGCUUUUGGUUUUGUUCUGCGGCCUCUCCAGUUGUGUUAGGAAGGACUGAGCGGCCUGGUUCCGGGGGCCGGCUGGUGCCAGCUCCUGGGGGCAGACUGACCCCAGUGGUUGUCCCUGUGCACCUUUGGUUACUCUCAUGCUGCAUUGACUGUUUACAUUUGUUGUUUUGUACAUAGGUUUGUAAACAUUAUUGCUCAAGAUAUUUGUAAAUAACUUGGGCUUUGUAGCUUUUAUUUAUUCAUAAGAGCUCAUACGGCAUGUUAAUGACUUAUGAUGGUGUCCUACUCUGGGCAACUGUAUAGAAUCAUCAUGUGGUUAAAAAAAAAAAAAAAAGAAAGUACUUCCCCUCCAAAAAAUCUUUUAAUGUGGAAACAAUAAAUUUCACACAAAAAAGUA